CUCUCGAAUUCAAUCAUCUUCUUCUUUAACCUCGCCGCUGUAGCUCCCAAUUCUUAGAGAGAGAGAGAGAGAAACAUUAUCCCCAAAAAAACCGAUGGGAAAUUGCCAAGCCAUAGACACAGCUUCUCUAAUCAUCCAACACCCAAACGGAAAAGUCGACCGACUUUACUGGCCGGUAAACGCCGGCGAAAUCAUGAAGACAAAUCCCGGCCACUACGUCGCUCUUCUCAUCUCCACAAAAAUCUGCUCAUCGGAAACCACCGCUAGACACCAUCGCCGCCGUGAUAACGGCACCCAAACAAACAGUACAAAUUUCAACUCGGUCCGAUUGACCCGAAUCAAGCUUCUGAAGCCGACCGAUUCCCUUGUUCUGGGCCAAAUUUACCGACUCGUCACAACCCAAGAUGUUUUGCAGGGUUUGAAAGACAAACAAGAAGCGAAAACGAAGAAACAGGGGAAUUUGGACAUGGGAUCUGAAGGGGAGAUUGAUAAGGGGAUGAAAUAUGAGAGAAACGGAGUGAAGAAAUGCAGUUCAACAGUGUCAAUGGCGGCGAAAUCGAGAGGGUGGCAGCCUUCAUUGCAAAGCAUUUCUGAGGGUGGAAGUUGAGGAAUUGAUAUUUGAGAUUAAGAACAUAAUGAUGAACACAAAUUUGUUAUCUUUUUUUCAGGAGUUUUUAGAGUGAGAUUUGUGCAUAAGAAAAUGAGUAGUUUAAUAACAGAAACAGAACAAAGGAAAACAAAAAGAGAGAGAGGAAAAUGACAUAUGAAAUGAAAUGAAAUGAUGUAGUUGAAAUUUCAUUUCGAGGAAUUGAAAUUGGGUUUGGAAGAUUGAAAUCAUUCCCACUAUUUUCUAUUUUUGUUUCGUUCUCUCCUAAAAAGGAAAAAAAAAGUAAAAAAAAAAAAAAACAAAAAAAACAUGUCAACUAUUUUUAGACAACCAUUAAAAAAACAGAGUUUUUAAUUUUGUAUCUCUAUUUUAUGAUUAUUGAAAAAUUGAUGGUUUAGCGGAAGUAAACACAA